CAGGCCUUAGAAAAACCGAACUGUUUGGAUCAAACCCGAACAGGUGGCAUCUCCCCCUCUGCAAACUUUUGGUGGCUCCCUGUCUAUCUCACACGCGCUUUCCCUUCUGUAUGAGAAGCGAUCGCUGAUUGGUCGAUGUGGCAAAUAGAUCCAAUAACAGAGUGGGAGUCUACAGCAGACAGGAAAGUGCACUCACUGAGCUGGUUGUGAAAAAAGCAAAGAGGCGGCGGAGGGCGACGUGAAGUCGAAUGAAAAAACAUGACAACCGUCCCGUCUACGUGACUUUUCCCCGUUUGACUCAGCAGCCAUCCCACAAACUGUGUAGAUCCGGCCAUGCAAAGUAUAUGUGCCUGACAGCCUUGCUUUUAUGACGCUGCCCAGUCAUUCUGCGAUCUGAUAGGCUGACGGGCGGAGGGGCGGGCAGCCACACCCGGUUCCCUCUCAGUGACUGAGGAAUCGCUUUUACCACCUCUGAAGUUUGUCUGAGUUUUGCUGUCGGCUCUGCGGUGUUUCCGUUCACCAUCCCCGGCCCGUUUGUGGGCAUAAAACUGGUUCAGGACAGUAUCUGCCAGCAGCAUGUCCGUUUCGGAGGAAGUCGAUGGGCUUGUUCGUCCCCACUAUGGCUCUGUCCUUGAUGAUGAGAGACUUACAGCAGAGGAGAUGGAUGAGAGAAGACGUCAAAAUGUUGCCUAUGAAUACCUGUGCCAUUUGGAGGAAGCAAAAAGGUGGAUGGAGGCAUGCCUGGGAGAAGACUUACCACCCACCACUGAGCUAGAGGAAGGUCUGAGGAAUGGAGUCUAUCUUGCUAAACUUGGAAACUUUUUCAGUCCAAAAGUCGUGUCACUGAAGAAGAUAUACGACCGAGAACAGACCCGAUACAAUGCAACCGGCCUUCACUUCCGACACACAGACAACACUAUCCAGUGGCUGAAUGCAAUGUCUGAGAUAGGGCUUCCAAAGAUUUUCUAUCCAGAGACAACAGACAUAUAUGACAGAAAGAAUAUGCCCCGGUGCAUAUACUGCAUCCACGCCUUGAGUCUGUACCUGUUUAAACUCGGCCUGGCUCCACAGAUUCAGGACCUGUAUGGGAAGGUAGAAUUUACAGCCGAAGAAAUUAACUUUAUGAAAAGUGAGCUGGAAAAGUAUGGAAUUCAGAUGCCAGCAUUUGGAAAAAUUGGAGGAAUUUUGGCAAGUGAAUUGUCUGUUGAUGAAGCAGCAUUACAUGCAGCCGUAAUCGCCAUCAAUGAAGCCAUCGAUCAUGGUGUUCCGGAAGAAACUUUCACCGCUCUUCAGAAUCCUAAUGCGAUGCUCGUAAAUCUAAACAAGCCUUUGGCUACAGUGUAUCAGAACACACUUUACCAGGCAAAGCAGCAUAAAGCAGAGAAUGCUAAAAAGCGGCUGACGACAGAUAAUACAGGAGGAGAACGUGAUGUGUAUGAGGAGCUGCUGACACAGGCAGAGAUUCAAGGCAAUGUCAACAAAGUUAAUUUGCAAGUUGGCGUAGAAAAUGUUGACCGGGCAUUAGAAACUGGGGACCCGCACAUUCUGUUUGAGGCUCUGAGUUCACCUUCCCUUGCUUUGCGGAUGUUACAACAUGAAAAUGCUGAAUGGUACUUGAAAACACUGCAGGCUGAGAAACAACAAAAGCAAGAGAGUGGAUUGAAUGAACUCCUACAGAAAGAGGAGUUGCAGGCCGGGGUUGAUGCAGGAAACAGUGCAGCACAGAAGUAUCAAAGAAAGCUAACUGCAGUGACCAGGAUAAAUAAUGCAAUAAGGAAAGGUGUUGUUGAAGAAACUGUGAAGGAGCUGAUGAACCCUGAUGCCCAACUACCAGAGGUGUACCCCUUUGCUGGAAGUCUGUACCAAAAUGAAUUGGCAACAUUACAGCAACAAAGCCCAGAGGGAAAUUUAACUCAUCCAGAGCUCUUGGUUGCUGUGGAAAUACUUUCUUCAGUGGCUCUUAUUAAUAGGGCUUUGGAUGCAGGAGAUGUUGGCACAAUCAAGAAACAUCUGAUUAUUCCAGUUACUGGGUUAAUGGAUGUAGAUGAUGAGAACCUUCAGAGGUAUAUUGAUGAAUUAAUUAGGAUGAAACAGCAAGCACGGGAAGAAGGAAUUGAGUUUAUCACAUGGAACGAUAUCCAAGGAUGUGUGACACAAGUUAAUCUGACUGUGCAAGAGGAGCAUGCAAGGAUCAUGGCAAUUGAGCUUAUUAAUGAAGCUUUAGAUGAAGGGGAUGCACAGAAGACCUUGCAAGCUUUACAGCUCCCAGCUGCCAAAUUAGAAAGUGUUCAACCUAAUGUUGCUCAGCAUUACCAAGAUACAUUGGUUCGUGCAAAAAGGGAGAAGGCACAGGAAACAAAAGAUGAAUCUGCUGUGCUGUGGCUUGAUGAGAUCCAGGACGGCAUUUUCCGCUCAAACAAAGAAACAGAGGAAGCACAGAAAUUCUCUAUUGGCAUCCUGGCUGUUAAUGAAGCUGUAAGGAAUGGUGACACUGCCCAUACCCUGAACACACUGCGGACCCCAGAUGUUGGGCUUUAUGGAGUGACUGGUGAAUGUGCACAGGCUUACCAAAAUGAACUGGCAGAGGUUAAGAAGAAGAAAAUCGAAGCAGGGGACAACGGAAGUGAGUGGGUGCAGCACUGGGUGAAAGGGGGAUACCUUUAUUAUUUUAAUUUAAACAACAAUGAAGGAGGAUGGGUGGAGCCCCAAGGAUUCCUACAGAAUAACACACAGCUGUCAAAGGAAGAGAUUCAGACUUCCAUCUCUGGGGUUUCUGCUGCUUACAACAGGGAGCAGCUGUGGCUGGCCAACGAAACCUUAAUCACUAAGCUGCAGGCCAGGUGCCGUGGUUAUCUUAUACGCCAGAAAUUCAAUACAAGACUGAAAUUCUUGAGGGACCAAAUUCCAGCUAUUAACUGUAUCCAGGCCCAUUACAGAGGACAGAAGCAGAGGAAAGCAUACAAGAAUCGUCUGCAAUACCUGAAUGAUCAUUCCGAUGAAGUUGUUAAGAUUCAGUCUUACACCAGAAUGCAUCAAGCCAGGAAGAGGUACAGAGACAGACUGCAAUACUUCAGGGAUCAUAUAAAUGACAUUGUGAAAAUUCAGGCUUUCAUUCGUGCUAAUAAAGCACGGGAUGACUACAAGACCCUCAUUAAUGCUGAAAACCCACCUAUGGUUGUUGUACGUAAAUUUGUCCAUCUAUUGGAUCAAAGUGAUCAGGAUUUCCAAGAAGAGUUAGAUGUAAUGAAGCUGCGAGAAGAAGUUGUGACUCUCCUGAGAUCCAAUCAGCAGUUGGAGAAUGACCUUAAUCUUAUGGACAUUAAGAUUGGUCUUCUUGUGAAAAAUAAAAUUACAUUGCAGGAUGUCGUCUCUCAUAGUAAGAAAUUAACAAAGAAGAACAAGGAGCAGCUUGCAGAUAUGAUGAUGUCAAACAAGCAAAAGGGAGGUCUCAAGGCCCUGAGCAAAGAAAAAAGAGAAAAAUUGGAAGCUUAUCAGCAUCUCUUCUAUUUGUUGCAGACAAACCCAACCUACUUGGCCAAGCUUAUUUUCCAAAUGCCCCAGAAUAAAUCCACCAAGUUUAUGGACUCUGUUAUUUUUACCCUUUAUAAUUAUGCAUCCAACCAAAGGGAGGAAUACCUGCUGCUUCGUCUCUUUAAGACAGCCCUUCAAGAGGAGAUAAAAUCUAAAGUCGAUCAGAUUCAGGAGAUUGUAACUGGAAACCCAACAGUUAUAAAGAUGGUGGUGAGUUUUAAUCGUGGUGCCCGUGGACAGAAUGCCCUGAGACAGAUACUCUCCCCUGUGGUGAAAGAGAUUAUGGAUGACAAGGCUCUAAACAUCAAAACCGAUCCAGUUGAUAUAUACAAGGCCUGGGUCAACCAGAUGGAAUCUCAGACUGGAGAGGCAAGUAAGUUGCCAUAUGAUGUCACACCUGAGCAGGCCAUGUCUCACGAGGAAGUGAGAACUAAACUUGAAGCAUCUGUCAAAAACAUGCGAACUGUGACGGACAAAUUUCUUGCGGCCAUCAUUAGCUCUGUGGACAAAAUACCCUAUGGCAUGCGUUUUAUAGCCAAGGUUCUAAAAGACACACUGCAUGAAAAGUUUCCUGAUGCAGGAGAGGAUGAGUUACUCAAGAUUGUGGGAAAUCUGUUAUAUUACCGCUACAUGAACCCAGCCAUUGUGGCACCAGAUGCCUUUGACAUCAUUGACAUCUCUGCUGGAGGGCAGCUCACCACAGACCAGAGAAGGAACCUGGGUUCCAUUGCAAAGAUGCUUCAGCAUGCUGCAUCAAACAAGAUGUUCCUUGGGGAUAAUGCUCAUCUAAGUACAAUCAAUGAAUACCUUUCACAGUCCUACCAAAAGUUCAGGCGCUUUUUCCAGUCAGCUUGUGAAGUUCCUGAACUCGAGGACAAGUUUAAUGUGGAUGAAUAUUCAGAUCUAGUGACUUUAACCAAGCCAGUUAUCUAUAUUUCUAUUGGAGAAAUUGUUAACACCCACACUCUGCUUCUCGACCAUCAGGAUGCUGUAGCACCAGAGCAUAACGAUCCAAUCCAUGAACUUCUGGAUGAUCUGGGAGAGGUUCCAACCAUUGAGUCUCUUAUUGGGGAAGGACCUGGCUCUGCAGGGGACACCAACAUUGAUUCACUGGCAAAAACAGAGGUGUCACUUACACUAACUAACAAGUUUGAAAUUCUUGGAGAUGAAGAUGCAGAAAAGGAUGCAAAGACCAUCAUGCUGAACACAAAACGUCUCAUUGUGGAUGUUAUCCGGUUCCAACCUGGAGAAUCUUUGGCAGAAAUCUUACAAACUCGAGCCACCAGUGAACAGGAAGCAGACCAUUUGCGAGCCAUGCAGAGAAGAGCUAUGAGAGAUGCAAAAACCCCAGACAAAAUGAAAACAGCAAAGAGCCUAAAGCAAGACAGCAACCUAAUCCUUGAGGAGAAGAAGGAUAAAAUAAAAGCUGGUUUAAAAAAGCUUGCAGAAAUGGGUAUGGUAAAUCCAGAUAAUCAGUACCAGGAUCUCAUCAAUGAUAUUGCCAAGGAUAUCCGUAAUCAAAGGCGAUACCGCCAACGAAGAAAGGCAGAGCUUGUAAAGCUGCAGCAGACACACACAGCAUUGAACUCUAAGGCUAUAUUCUAUGAGGAACAAGUGGAUUAUUACAAGAGUUAUAUCAAAACCUGUUUGGACAACUUGGCAAGCAAUCGCAAGUUAUCUAAGAAACCAGGACAAGCUAAAGGAAAGAAGAGUAAAAAGAUAUCAUUGAAAUACACUGCAGGACGGCUGCACGAGAAAGGUGUAUUGCUAGAGAUUGAGGACCUACAAGUAAAUCAAUUCAAGAACGUGAUUUUUGAAAUCACUCCCACAGAUGAAGUUGGUGACUUUGAGGUGAAAGCCAAGUUCAUGGGCGUUCAGAUGGAAACAUUCAUGCUGCAUUACCAGGAUCUUCUCCAACUACAGUAUGAAGGAGUUGCUGUCAUGAAGAUGUUUGAUCGUGCAAAGGUCAAUGUUAACCUGCUCAUCUUCCUCAUCAACAAGAAGUUCUAUGGGAAAUAAGAAGAGUCAUGGGAGAAGAUAGGGGGACAGUUUGGGGAAAACAUCAUAUGUAUGUCCUGUCAAACUCGUCAGCCAACACAAACUGCUUUAUACCUGCAUGAGUCUGUGUGCCCGCCCUCUGCAAGCAUCCAUCUGUGUCAUCCUGAAUCCUGCUGUAAGAAAGCAGAAAGGCUGCGGUGCUUCCAAAUAUAGUGUUACUGUUACAUAUCAUAUUGUACCUAACUUAGGGAAUCUAUUUUGGAUGUCAUGAACAAACAUUUAUUUAGAAUGC